CGCAAGUAUUGGUUUUGUUUCCUUCUUCAUCGUUGAUUUGUCAACUCAAUACGCCCAAACCCUAAACUAUCCCCAAUCAUCGAUUCAAUUAUCAAAUCUUCCCCGAUUGAAAGAUAAAAAUCAAACCUUUGGAAGUUGUCUCUCUCGAUUCCUGUGAAAAGAAUAAUCUUUAGCUUUUUUGGGAUAUUUUUUUCUCCCCUCUGCAUCAUUUGCGUUUGGUUGAUGAAGAGGAUCUGAGAUUAGGAGAGAUUUUAGGGAAUGAUGGGUUUUGCUGUAUCGGAUGAAUUGCUUGGAACUGUUGCUCCAAUUGUGGUGUAUUGGUUGUAUUCUGGGAUAUACGUAGCGCUGUCGUCUUUGGAGAGUUAUAGAUUACAUUCUAAGGCUGAAGAAGCAGAGAAGAAUCUUGUCUCGAAAUCUGCUGUUGUGAAAGGUGUUCUUCUUCAGCAGGUUGUUCAAGCUGUUGUCGCUAUCCUUUUGUUCACGGUGACAGAAAGUGAUGACGAAGCAGACAAAGCGCAACAGUUUUCCCUUUUGGUUCUAGCAAGACAGUUUGUGACAGCCAUGAUAAUCCUCGACACAUGGCAAUACUUCAUGCAUCGAUAUAUGCAUCACAACAAGUUCUUAUACAAACAUAUCCACUCUCAACACCACCGUCUCAUUGUCCCAUAUGCAUAUGGAGCGUUAUACAACCAUCCAGUGGAAGGUCUUCUCUUGGAUACAAUUGGUGGGGCCUUAUCUUUCCUAGUCUCUGGUAUGUCUCCAAGAACUUCCAUCUUCUUCUUCUCUUUCGCCACAAUCAAGACCGUGGAUGACCAUUGUGGUCUCUGGCUUCCUGGAAACUUAUUCCAUAUGGUCUUCAAGAACAACUCGGCUUACCAUGAUAUCCAUCAUCAGCUCUAUGGAACCAAAUACAAUUUCUCUCAGCCUUUCUUUGUCAUGUGGGAUCGUAUUCUGGGAACUUACAUGCCAUAUUCUCUUGAGAAAAGAGAAGAUGGAGGAUUCGAAGCACGUCCUACUAAAGAAUUCAAAGAAGAUUAAGACAUUGGAUUUUGGAUAUAUGUUUGUUUAUCUGCCCUGAGGUUGGCUAAUGGAUGAUACUUGUGUCACGGAGGUGUAGUUUUAUAAAUCAGAAACAGAACUGGUUUGCGUUUUGCCUUUCUUUUUCCAAGAGCUAAGUAGUUGAAGUUGAGAUUUGUAUAUAAACAUUAUCGAGCUGUUGUUCUACUUUGGGUUUUUGUUUUGCAUGUAUUAUUGUACCACACACUGGUUUUGUUAAAUCUAUUUGUCUACAAGGUCUUUCAUAAGGA